UGAAUACAAAACUCUGGCCCUGUCUUUUCCCAAACCACCCACCCAUGGCGAACGAUGCACCACCACCACCACCACCACCACCACCACUGCCGCCAGAGCUGAAGCUUCCUGUAUGCUGCGUAUCACACUUAUUCCAAAAAGCCGCCACAAACUCACCUGACAAAAUCGCCGUCAUACACGCCUCCGGUGGCGCUAAACUAAUUUCCCAGCAAUACGACGGUCACUUGAGCUUCGACCAGCAGACUAGACCUGUUUCUAAUCCUGAAUUAGUUGCCUCCAAAACGGCACCGCCUUUAUUGUCUAAGCAGCCACCGGUUUACGGAGGCGACGAGUGCUUUACUUAUUCUGAAAUUCUCUCUGCAGUUAAUUCUCUGAGUUCUCGGCUCAGGCGCAUUCUUGAUGGUGCUGAUGACCCCCAUAUUAUCAAACCUCAAUCUGGAUACAAGCUUGGUGGGCAACAGGCGAAUAGUGAUAAAAAUUCUGAAUCUAUGGGCUUUUUUAACCUGAGUGGAGAGCAGGUUACCAAGCUGCAUGAUAAAUGUAUGCCAAGAAGAAUUGGGAUAUAUAUGGAACCUUCUGUGGAGUACAUUGUUGCAGUCCUCUCUGUUUUAAGGUGUGGAGAGUCAUUCAUGCCUCUAGACCCAUCUUGGCCCGAAGAAAGGAUACUGUCAGUUGUGUUUUCUUCAAGAGCUGAUCUUAUUAUUGGGUGUGAAAGUUUAGUUGAUGAUGGUUGUUUUCAUCAGCUCGAUAAUGUACACUGGCUUGCUUCUCGUGGCUAUUGUCCUGUUUUGUGUAUUUCUAUUAGGCUGUGCAUUCAAAGACAAAGUCAUUUAUGUAGUUUAGUAUGGCCCUGUGAAAGUGAAUCGUCCAGACUCUUUUGUUACUUGAUGUACACAUCAGGAUCAACAGGAAAGCCUAAAGGUGUAUGUGGUACUGAAGCAGGUCUACUAAAUCGGUUCCUAUGGAUGCAAGACUUAUAUCCCAUGCAUGGACAAGAUUAUCUGGUUUUCAAGACAUCCAUAAGCUUUAUUGAUCAUUUGCAAGAAUUUCUGAGUGGCAUACUAACUACUUCUACGUUAGUUGUACCUCCAUUCACUGUGCUGAAAGAGAAUAUACUUUGCAUGGUUGACUUUUUACAGAUAUACUCUGUUAACAGGCUCGUUGCAGUUCCAUCACUAUUGAGAGCAGUCCUCCUUCCUUUGCAAGGUCCACAUUAUAUGGGACUUCGUAGUUCUUUGAAGUUGCUAGUUUUAACUGGUGAAGUUUUGCACCUGUCCCUAUGUGAGAGUUUGCUGAAGCUAUUGCCCCAUACUGCUAUCUUGAACUUAUACGGGAGUACAGAGGUUGCAGGUGAUUGUACAUACUUUGAUUGCAAGCAGUUGCCACUGAUCUUGGAAAAUGAGAUUGUGAGCAGUGUUCCGAUUGGCUUACCUCUUUCAAACUGUGAUGUGGUGCUCAUUGGGGAAAAUGCACCAAAAUAUGGAGAAAUUUAUGUUCGUGGACUGUGUAAUGGUGUUGGAUACUUUGAUCAUCUUUCCAUUACUCCAUUUGGCCCUGCAAAAUUGCCACAAACUUCUUUUAUUAAUCAUACCUCCAGGGAUCCGAGACUACAGGGUUACUUCAAAACUGGUGAUCUUGCAAGACAACUUCAAAGUGGUGAUUUUAUUUUUAUCGGAAGGGAAGACCGCACCAUAAAAUUCAAUGGGCAGCGGAUUGCUUUAGAAGAGAUAGAGAACACAUUGAGGGAACAUCCGGAUAUAGCUGAUGCAGCAGUAACUUGCCUAAAAAAGCACGGAGAAAUCUCAAGUAUUGAAGCUUAUUUGGUGCCAAAGAAAAUGCAAGACUGCAAUGAAAACUUUAAAUCUUCAAUUAGGAGUUGGAUGGUCAAGAAACUUCCACAAGCACUGAUUCCUAGUCCUAUCUUCUUUAGUGAAUCAUUUCCUACUACUUCCUCGGGGAAAGUGGAUUAUAAUAUGUUGGAUGAUUCCUCAAGUUCAAGGGCACAUGGUCGGAGUUCUGUUGGAGAAAUUUGGGAUAAUGAUGACUUGAAAUUUAUACAAAAGGUUUUCAGUGAAGCUUUGAUGGUUGACAACAUCUCCAUUCAUGAUAAUUUUUUUCAUAGUGGUGGUAAUUCGGUGUCUGCAGCAUAUGUUGCUUACAACUUAGGAAUCAACAUGAAAUUACUGUAUGCUUUUCCAACCCCAUUGAAGCUUCAAAUGGCUCUUGAGAGGAAGAUAGGUUCUUCCCAUUAUGACUCAAGAAAUGAGGAUAAUGUGAAUGUGGAUUCAGGAGUAACGGAUGAAAUAUUCCUCCCAGCGUAUUCCAAAACUGGCAGUCCUCAUGGAAUUAAGCCACGUAGAAGAAUGUUUGGAGCAGUUGACAAUUCAAAUACAGAACAUCCUACUAAAUUAUUGAAAAAAGAUUCAAGUUUGUGCAUCAUUCCAAAGGAUGGUAAUCUGAAAGACAAUGGCUUCUGGAGUUCUCAUUCAUUUAAUGCAGCAUGUUCUGUCAGCCGUUGCAACAAAAUAAUGCACUGUAAUGGUGGGCAUAAUAAUUUAUGUCACACAAUCUCCUCUCAGCAAAUUUCAAGAGAAAGAAAAGGUUCUGUGCAAGAAUUAUGGAAAGUGAAUAUGGAGUCUUGUGUUGAUGCAUCUCCACUCAUUGUAUGUAAAGGGAGUGAAGUCUACCUUUUUGUUGGAUCUCACGCUAAGAAAUUUGUUUGUGUGGAUGCCAGAAGCGGCUUUGUGUUAUGGGAGGUCAGACUUGAAGGAAGAAUAGAAAGUUCGGCUGCAGUUUUGGAUGACUUUUCACAGGUUGUAGUUGGAUGCUAUCAAGGAAACAUCUAUUUUCUGCAUCUGUCGGAUGGCAGCAUCUGUUGGAGGUUUCAAACUGGUAGUGAGGUUAAAUCUCAACCAGUGGUGGACAAGCUGAGGCACUUGGUCUGGUGUGGAUCAUAUGACCACAAUCUGUAUGGACUUGAUUAUAAAGGCUAUUCUUGUAGUUACAAACUUUAUUGCGGGGGGAGUAUAUUUGGUGCACCUGCUCUUGAUGAGAUGCGUGAGAAGCUCUUUGUGGCAUCUACUAGUGGGAUACUGACUGCAUUUUCCUUAAAGCAACUUCCUCAGAAACCACCAUGCUGCUGCGGUCCUUGCUCCCAUUCCCUUUCUGCCAUCGCCAUAAAACUGAACAAUGCCCCUCUGUCUUCCUUGGCCCCCUAUGCAGACAUUGUAGCUGUCCUCCCUGAUCCUCAGUGCACCUCAGAUGGGGUUAUUGAUUCAUCAUGCAGUAAAUCAUGGAUCCAGGACUUAGAAGCACCUGUAUUUGGAUCUGUUUUAAUCAAUUUUAACAAUGGAAAUGUUAUUUGCUGCUUGGUUGAUGGCAAUGUUGUUUCAUUGGAUGCUGAUGGAUCCAUUCUUUGGAAGGCACUUUGUGGUGGGCCAAUAUUUGCUGGACCAUGCAUAUCUGAGACACUGCCCUCCGAGGUACUUGUAUGUUCUAGAGAUGGAAGCAUCUAUUCUUUCAAACUGGAAAAUGGAGAUUUACUUUGGCAACAAGCUCUUGGAUAUCCAAUCACUUCGUCAGCGUAUAUAGAUGAGAACUUAGAGCUAACUUCUGAUGCCUCCCAUCUGGCUGAUAGGUUAGUCUGCGUCUGUACCAGUGCUGGAAGUAUCAGUGUCCUCCGCAUCAACUCAGAUGCCGCAGGAGGAGCGAGUCAACCACCAGAGAAUGACAUGGUACAAGAAAUUGCUAGAUUGGAGCUUGGAGGAGAUAUUUUCUCUUCCCCUGUGAUGAUUGGUGGCAAGAUAUUUGUUGGCUGCCGGGAUGAUUAUGUGUACUGUCUCGAAUUUGAAGCCGACCGCGAAGCCAAUUGGUCAGUGUAAAUAACAAUUUGGUCUUUUUUUCAA